UGGGCCCAAACACCAAGAAACUCUUUUAGAAGUUGCAUCCCCAGAGUCCCUCCUGUCAUAUUUUCUCUUCCCCUGCAGGUUGGCUCGGACAGAGAGGAUAUCUCAAGCAGUUCCACACCACCAGGUUUUCUCAUAAGUCCAUGUUAGUAGCACAAAGCAUCCCCCCACCUCACCCCACCACCCCCAACAUUGGUUCAACAUAAGUCGAAAUCUCACAGCUUACUCAGCCUGGAAAACUGUUUCACUGCCUCAAAUGCUUUCCAAUCUUUGCUCGCAUGUGGUUUCCCUCCUUUGGAAGCUUUGGGGCUGUGACGUGCAGCAUUUCUUAUGCCUGGGAAUAAAAGCAGAAGCCUGUUGAUGUACCAGCGAGGACGAAUCAACUCUCCAUCAGCAGCAGCCACAUCUGAGAUGCCCUAUAUUGCGGGCCUGAAAUAUUCAUGAAUUUUGUGAUCCUUCUCUCCUUUGGUCCAUUGAUCUUCUCUUCCCUAGAAACUGUAAGCCAUGCAGUGGGGAAUCCAACCCACCAGGUGAAGGGAAUCCUAGGAGGAUCAGUCUUGUUUCCUCCCAACAUAUCUCAAGGAAUAACAGUGCAGAAAAUGGAAUGGGACUUUUACCCCCAAAGGGGUGGCCUGGGCUUCUGGCUGGGGGAAUUCAGUCAUGGGAAACUGGAGCACCCAAGUCCCACCGACCGGUUUGGACAACGGCUAGACAUGGUGGAUGAGACAACACUGAGGAUCAAAGACCUGGAGUUGGAUGACAGUGGGAUCUACAAUGCUCGCAUCUGGAUUACUAAGGCACAGUUUCAAGAACAGAGUUUCAGCCUCACAGUUUAUGAGCCAGUGCCAACACCACAGAUAGACCACCAAGGGGAAUCCAAGACUCCAGGUGGAUGUAAUGUGACCUUGCAAUGCCACACACCUGGAAGGAAAGAUCUCAGUAUCUCCUGGGAAACAGGGGAUCCACACAGGGCCUUAGAAAAGAGUGUAAAUCAGUACCAGGUUUCUGACAAUGGCCGGGAGCUCCGUGUCUUCUACUGGAACAAUUCUUUCGACUCCAAAUUCACCUGCCUGGUCAGCAAUCCCGUUGAUCAAAAGGGAGUCUCCUUUAAUUUGCUCAACAUCUGCCGGAGUGAUGAAGGUGGACACCUUCGACUCUUGAGUCAAUUGGUUAUUUUCCCCGAUUUGGUUAUUCUUCUGGUGACAGUGGUGGUGGUGAUGGUGAUGGUGAUGUGGAUGUGCUGGAAGAUAAGAAAGGAAAGGAAUACAAGAGGUAUUCGUUCUCUGAAGCAAAAGGGGAACAGUCCUCUUGCACUCCAGAACUCAAAAAUGAUCGACCCAGAAGAUGGUGAUGAUGAGAUUGAACACUGCAUCCCACAAACCAACACGGGAGAUCAGGCACAUCUCCUGCAGCCACUGCCAAGGAAUUCAUUUAAGGUUCCUCAGGGAAAAGACCCAUUAAAGAUCUCUCAAAGCUGCCAGUUAAGUCGGAGCUACAGCCUACCCAGCACCUUUAAACACUCGUCCCAAGAGCCCCGUGACCAGGCCAAAGGGCAACAUACCAAGACUUAUCCAGUGACUAUGGAUGGAGUCUCCUUGAGAACAAGGAAUCUCAGGAAUGCCUUCAUGACCAGCACCAGCAAGAGUGUAUAAGGCACUCCUCUUCAGUCUUGCUGUUGAUGGAAACAGCACAGGAAAGACUGGGUGAGUGAAGAUAUUCAUCAGGAAUAGGGGAGGUGGAGAGAUAAAAAUCUGCAAUGGAUCAAGGAAUGCAUAAAGAUUUACAUCAGAAAGAAGCAUGGGAGCAGCACCUCCUAUUUGCCACUAUGUCCCUGCAGAGGCAACAUCGAAGGCCAACAUUGCCAAGGAGAUGGAAGAGCUGGCCUCAAUGCUGAUUGAACUCUGCAUCCCAUAGACCAACCUUGCAGGUUGACUCGGACAGAGAGGAAUUCUUGAGCAGUUCCGCACUACCCAGAGAAUCCUUUCCUUAUCUUGGUUCUUAUGCAGUCUUAGACACAGAGCCCUCAGAAAUUACACACUGCAUCCCAACAUGAGACAUCAGUAACAUCUCCGGGAGCCACUGCCAAUGAAUUCAUCGAGGGUCCCUCUGUUGAAAGACCCAUUGAAGAUCUCUCAAUGCUGCCAGUUGAGCCGGAACUACAGCCUACCCAGCAGCCUUAAACACUGGCCCCAAAAGUCCUGCGACCAGGAAAGAGAGCAACAUACCAAAACUUAUCCAGUGACUAUGGAUGGGGGUCUCCUUGAGAACAAGGAGUCUCAGGAAUGCCUUCAUCACCACUAGCAACCAGAAUAUAUAACGCACUCCUCUUCAUCCUUCCUGCUGAUGGAAACCCAGGUGCCGUGCCUCUCUCUUCCUACUUUGCUUGGACUCUGGUUAACACUUUUAUAAACGUGUGUGUGUGUAUCUGAAGAAGUGUGCAUGCACAUGAAAGCUUAUACAUAGGACAAACUUAGUUGGUCUCUAAGGUGCUACUGGACUAUUUUUUUAUUAUUAUUUCGACUGCAUAAGACCAACACAGCUACCUACCUGAAAACAGAAAACAGCUGAGGGACACUAACAAUAAAAGAGAACUCCUUUCCCCUUGCCCCAGGUGUGAACAGAGACUGGGGAUUCGGAAGGUUUUCAGGGUAACUGCUUGGGGAGGGUGCAAGGGUUAAUGGGAGGAAGAAGGAGGAGGAGGAAGAGCUGAGAGCUAUCUUGGGCAUGUUGUCUGCAGGCACUGCUGUCCCUUGAAAUGACCAAGCCAUAAGAUCUGGAAUCCCUCCAUGCAGACUGAAGGUGUAAAUAGGUGAAUAAACCCUAUUUCUUAAACCUACAACAGUCUCUGUUGUGUCUUCCAUUCUCCAAAGGGAAACAGAUCCUCUUUGGGCUCCUGGGAUCCCAUAGGCUCUUUCCACCGCUGGGCAAAGAGGGGGGCAGGCA